AUGGAGAACAUGAUGCAGGGCAAUAAGAUCAGACGAGUUGCAGCUACUCGCAUGAAUGAGAGGUCAUCUCGAUCACACACGAUUUUCCGGAUUAUUCUGGAGUCGAAAGAUGCCAAUCAGAAAGAUGGACCUGUACAUAUAAGCUACCUUAACUUAAUGGACUUAGCUGGUUCUGAGAGAGUUUCUCUGACGAAAGCUGCUGGUGAGCGUCUUAAAGAGGGGGCUAACAUAAACAAAUCUUUGUCAGUAUUAGGAAAUGUGAUAAGGCAACUAAGCGAGGGGAAGGAGUUUAUCAGUUAUCGCGAUUCGAAAUUGACUAGACUGCUCUCACAGGCUCUUGGCGAUCCUGGGCUUUUCCAAUUAGUAUCCAAUCAGUUAUUCCAGCAUGUGGCAGACCAGGUUGAUAAGAGGUACUUGAUUAGAUGCAGUUAUAUUGAAAUCUACAAUGAAAAGAUCAAUGACCUCCUGGAUAAGAGCAAUCAGGGUUUAACUAUAAGAGAAGAUAUCAAAGGAAAUGUGCUGCUUGAUGCAAGGGAAGCUGUCGUAGACAAUGUUGAUAAAGUUAUGGAGAACAUGAUGCAGGGCAAUAAGAUCAGACGAGUUGCAGCUACUCGCAUGAAUGAGAGGUCAUCUCGAUCACACACGAUUUUCCGGAUUAUUCUGGAGUCGAAAGAUGCCAAUCAGAAAGAUGGACCUGUACAUAUAAGCUACCUUAACUUAAUGGACUUAGCUGGUUCUGAGAGAGUUUCUCUGACGAAAGCUGCUGAUCCUGGGCUUUUCCAAUUAGUAUCCAAUCAGUUAUUCCAGCAUGUGGCAGACCAGGUUGAUAAGAGGUACUUGAUUAGAUGCAGUUAUAUUGAAAUCUACAAUGAAAAGAUCAAUGACCUCCUGGAUAAGAGCAAUCAGGGUUUAACUAUAAGAGAAGAUAUCAAAGGAAAUGUGCUGCUUGAUGCAAGGGAAGCUGUCGUAGACAAUGUUGAUAAAGUUAUGGAGAACAUGAUGCAGGGCAAUAAGAUCAGACGAGUUGCAGCUACUCGCAUGAAUGAGAGGUCAUCUCGAUCACACACGAUUUUCCGGAUUAUUCUGGAGUCGAAAGAUGCCAAUCAGAAAGAUGGACCUGUACAUAUAAGCUACCUUAACUUAAUGGACUUAGCUGGUUCUGAGAGAGUUUCUCUGACGAAAGCUGCUGGUGAGCGUCUUAAAGAGGGGGCUAACAUAAACAAAUCUUUGUCAGUAUUAGGAAAUGUGAUAAGGCAACUAAGCGAGGGGAAGGAGUUUAUCAGUUAUCGCGAUUCGAAAUUGACUAGACUGCUCUCACAGGCUCUUGGCGGUAAUGCCAAAUCAUUGAUUAUCGGGAAUGUUACUUUAGCUGCAGAGGAGGAGACUAGAUCUACACCAGAAUUCGCCCAAAGCACUAAAACUGUCAAAAAUAAAACGAAAGUAAACAUCUUGUCAGCUACAGAAGAGACACUUCAAGGAUAUCAGAACUUGACUCGCGAUCUCGAAACUCGGCUCAAAAAGCAGGCAAUUAAGCUAAAAGAGAUGGAUAAAAGCAAACAAGAGUAUCUGCUCGAGAUAGAAAGACUAAAAACGGAAGUAUCUAUUGUCGGGCGCUUUCAAAUGGGAGCCUCGGCAUCAACACCGAAAAAAACAUUAAGACGUCAUACUUUUGGACACUAUGGCAACGUAUCACCUAAAAAAGCAUCCCUAGGGUAUAUGCCAUUGAAAAAUUAUCCACCCAAAGAAGAAUCAUCCGGACGUGAAAUGAGGCCUAUUCAAGAAGAGACAUAUGAGGAGGCACUAGCCGAAGCAGAAUCUGUGAUAGCUGAAGACGUGCAAGUGUACUUAAAAGACAACUCAAAGAACUGGAAGAAUCUUUCAAUGAGCUUAGAGAAUUCACUAAACUAG